GAACCUGAUCAACCAUAUCAAGAAACGAUGAAUGGUUCUUCGAUACAAAUUCAAAUUGCACUUAGGAAAAAGACGUUUAAUUUCAAACGCUCGGAAGAGGUGCUCAAUGCACUCAAGGAGGGAAACACUGGAGCAAUGGAGCGCGAAAAGCCGAGGUUGGACAUGAAAACUCUGAAAGGAAAGAAGUUUUUAGCUCCUCUUACUACUGUGGGUAAUCUCCCAUUUCGUCGCCUCUGCGUGGAUUUUGGUGCUGAAAUCACUUGUGGUGAAAUGGCUCUUGCAACCAGUCUUUUAUCAGGAACUCCAUCAGAGUAUUCCUUAGUGAAGAGACAUCCAAGUGAAAAAUUCUUUGGUGUACAAUUGGCUGGAGGAUUUCCCGACACGAUGGCGAAGUCAGCGCAAAUACUUGUUGAUGAAAUGAAUAUUGACUUCAUAGACAUAAAUAUGGGCUGCCCAAUAGACGUUGUGAAUCAAAAGGGUGGUGGAUGCGCUUUGCCUAAUCGGCCAAGUAAAUUGGUGGAAGUAAUCUCGGCAAUGCGAGGAGUAAUGCGCGAUGUUCCUUUGACAGUUAAACUUCGCACUGGCCUUAGAGAGGGUAUUCUCACAGCGGACGAAACCAUCAGAACCAUGGUUGCGUCGGCUAGACCAGAUUUGAUCUCAUUUCAUCCGCGCAGCAAGGAACAACGUUACACGAAGCUAGCUAACUGGGAUUUCGUGACUCCGUGCCUUGAGGCUUGCGGCGAUGUACCUUUAUGGGUAUGCGGCGAUGUUCUUAGCUGGCAGGAUUACUAUCAGCGAUUAGAACUGUACCCUAUCAGUGGCGUGAUGGUUGCGCGUGGAGCUCUCAUUAAACCUUGGAUUUUCACUGAAAUCGAAGAACGUAGGACUUGGGAUAUUUCAGCGAACGAAAGACUGGAUUUGUUGAGGAAGUUCGUAAAUUAUGGGCUAGACCACUGGGGUAGCGAUGAUGCUGGCGUGGAGAGGACGAGACGCUUCCUUUUAGAGUUCUUGUCAUUUCAGUGCAGGUCGUCUUUGUCUUUGUUCAAACACCUCAUCAUUUUUUCUUGUUCAUUUGCGGAAAUCAUUGCAACAUUGUACUUAAGAUACAUUCCUGUUGGCCUUCUUGAGCGACUACCACAGCGCAUCAACGAUCGCCCCCCUCUUUAUCGUGGACGCAACGAACUAGAAACAUUGUUAGGUAGUGGACGAGCAUCAGAUUGGAUUGAAAUAAGCCGCAUGAUCCUGGGACCGACUCCCGAAGGUUUUACUUUUAUACCAAAACACAAGGCUAGUUCCUACUAA